AUGCUUGGAGUGGGGCGGCACCUAUACAGGGACAAACGGCGGAUCAGAACUGAAGCUAAUGAAUCGCCUGUCACUCUUCUCCGAGUGCUAUCGGCACUGGCUUUCCAACGAGAGGCACUUGAAAUUUGGGACCUCGAGGGUUUGCGUCUUCUACGACGGAUGAGCAAGACGUGCCCUCUUAUCGUCGACAGUUCUUUGUCAAGUUCUUUGAUGUUUUUGGGAACGCCAUUUUCACUUGGCUUUAAAAAGUACAUGCGAACACAUAUAAGAUCACCUUAUUAG